CUUGGGCGGAGACAAAGGUCGACCAUGUUAAGAUGCUCGAAUAAGGUUUUUGUUUGUGUGGGACCCUAAUCCUGAGGUGACCGAAAAUUCUCAGACAAGUAGACGACCUGCAGUUCACCCUGUGAGGUAACUUGCUCUUGCCCGCGAGAAUGGUGGACACAGGGCAUUGUCAAGCAUGAAGCAGAAAGAGAGGAUGCCAGCAUUCAGCUUUUCAAUCAAUCAAUCAAUUGCUUUUAAAGGGCAAAAACAAUAAUCGAGGUUUGCGUUUGAAAUUUGAAUGUUGGUAGAGAAGGAUGGAAGUAACAGAAAAAGAGGUUAAAAGGAGGGAAGAAGAAGGGCUCAUGGCGGACAAGUUGAAACGGCGCGUUUUGGUGGGGCUAAGAGGUGGACCUUCUACGCCUCCACCCACAUGGAGGCUCGAGCUUUCUUCUUCGUCUCACCUUCAGAGUGGCGGUGAAAACGACGACGUUCGAGAAUUCGUCGACUUUACGCCCUCUACCAUUUCUGCCAGAAAGCUCUGUGCCAACGUCUGGGAACUUCAACCCCACCAUCUACAGGUUCAGACCUCACUUCCUAAUAUGACCAAACCGGUCACCAGAAUCCGCCGCCGCCGCCGCCGCCGCCGCAAGGACGAGCAUCCACAGAGGCCCACUGAUGAGCCAGCUUCACCGAAUAGCUUGAGUAGACAUGUUGUGACUUUGCCUGUUCAGAGCCAUAGAUCAUGUGACAGAGAUGGCUGUAUUUUGGAGCCUUUAUCAAGUGCAAGUUACAGUGGCUCCCUGGAGCAGGUGGCGCCAUAUAAUCAGGCAGUGACUCCUGUGAGUUCCUUCAACUUCAAAGGGAGGAGGAUGGGAGAGUCAAGUUGCAACGUUAAAACUUCAAGAGAGCUACUCAAGGUACUCAACCGAAUAUGUAGUCUUGAAGAACAUCAUGCUUCAAGUAUAUCAGUAGUGCAAGCCCUAAAAAUGGAACUGGACCUUUCUCGUGCACGGGUUAAGGAGUUGCUACAAGAGAAGCAGAUGGAUAGGCAAGGAACGGAGCAUUUGAUGAAGAAGAUGACAGAGGACCAGCUUGUCAGGAAGAACCUCAAAGAAUUUGACAAAAUUAAAGCUGCAUUUCAAUCAGCCAAGGAAGAGCUUGAAGAUGAGAGGAGGUUAAGAAAGCAUUCAGAAAGCAUGCACAGGAAAUUGGCUCGGGAGCUUUCUCAAACGAAGUCUUCUUUAUCUGGUUCUUUGAGAGAGCUUGAAAGGGAAAGAAAAGCUCGGAUCCUGUUGGAGAAUCUGUGUGAUGAGUUCGCCAAAGGAAUUAGAGCUUACGAACAAGAGGUACGUUCCCUUGGGAGGUUGAAGUCAGAGAAGGGCCAUGUAGAUAGAGAUCACAGCCUUGAUAGACUAAUACUUCAUAUUUCAGAAGCUUGGCUCGAUGAGCGUGUACAAAUGAAGCUGGCCAAAGUUGGGGAUGAUCUUGAAGAGAGAAGUUCCAUUGUUGACAAGCUAGGUUUCGAUAUCGAGACAUUUCUUCAUGCAACCCGGUCUAUUGAUUCCAAAAGAUGUGGUCACUCCUCUCCAAAGGAGCUCAAAGAAAUUCACCCAUGUCGGCAUUCUCUGGAUUCCUUUCCACUAAAGGAGGCUACAAGUGCACCACAGAAUAUGGCCGAGGAAGAUUCUAUUUGCGCCAAUUUUUCUGUUCUAAAAAGUGCGGAGGCCCACCUGGAAGAGAGAGGAAUUGGAAAUUCAGCAACCAAACCAGUUCAGGCCAGGGAAUUCACCGAGUCCAGUCAUUUCCAAGAAAACAUGGCCCAGAAGAAUAUGUCACGUGAUGAAGGUCAUGACAGUGAGAGUUGGCCUGUAGAAAGAAAGCCAAGUGAAAUAAGAGGAGACACCAACACUGCCUUGUUAAAUGACACUGAAGUAUCAACUGUGUGUGAAUCAACGCCAGGUCCACAAGAAAGCGUUAGGCCCCGGAUGAGGAGCAUGAACUCGAUUCACCGGCUCGAUAAUGUGGUUGGGAACAGCUCAAUGUCAUCAGAAGGUGAUAAAAUACAUCCUGAGAGUAUUUGCAGGGAAGAUUCUUUUGUGCAAUCUGUGGUAACAGGCAAUGGAAGCCCUGUAGAACAGAGGAAAUCAAAAUUGAGUCUCUCAAAUUUGAACAAGUGUGAAUCUAUUUUGAAGUUGCCCAGGGGUGUGAAGGAAAAUACAUUGAUGGCAAAACUUCUUGAAGCAAGGUUAGAGGGACAGAAAUCUCGCUCCAGAACUAGCAAAAGCUCUUUUAGAUCAACCAGAGAAAUUUCUGACGACAAGAUUGGAGUGUGAAUAGGUGCAAUCUAAGAAGCUCAUAUCCUUGACAAUGGAGUUGUAUCAUUUUGUUAUAUACAUGUCUAUAUCAUUUUCUGUCUCGGAUCUAUGUUCUUUAUGUGGCUGCUAUCCCACUGGAAACAUUGAUUACUCAUUAAGCAGUUAUUAUAAGUUUCUCUCUUUUUGUUA